AAUCAAAAUAAGCCGCCUGUCUUCACGGUCUUUCUCUGAUAUCCCAUUCUCUCUUUGUAUCUCUCCUUAUUUCAAAGCACCUCCCUCUUCGUCUCCCAGUUUCUCUCAGGCCUGGUUUUUUUCCCCACUCAACAACCAAAAAACCAGGUCCCAAGAGACACUCCCUAUCCUCUCUCUCUCUCUCUCUCUCUCUAUCUUCACAUCCAAAGAUCUACCUCAUUGUUGCAGAUAUAUACAUAUACAUAUACAUAUACAUACAUACACACACACAUUCAUAGAUUCACCAUUUGAUUUUCUCGUUCUCAAGCUCCUGCAACCAUGAACGACCUUUUAUCGAGUUCGUUUGAGAUCCCUCGUGGCCAAGGUACAGGUGGAGAUAUUGAAAUGGGAAGACAUCGUCCAAUGAAUUCAGGAGAAUUGGGCCUGGAUAACUUUUUUAAGCAGGUUCAAGAUAUUGAGAAACAAUAUGAGGCUCUGAAUAAGCUACUCAAAAAGCUCCAGGAUGCUCAUGUGGAGUCGAAGGCUGUAACAAAGGCUGCUGCCAUGAAAUCAAUCAAGCAGAGAAUGGAGAAAGAUGUUGAUGAAGUUGGAAAAGUUGCCCGUUUCAUUAAAUCAAAGAUUGAGGAGCUUGACAGAGAUAAUUUAACCAACCGGCAGAAGCCUGGAUGUGGAAAAGGAACAGGUGUAGACCGAUCAAGAACAGCCACAACAGUUGCCUUGAAAAAGAAAUUUAAAGACAAAAUGUCUGAAUUUCAGACUUUAAGGCAAAACAUCCAUCAAGAGUACCGAGAUGUUGUUGAGAGGCGAGUUUUUACAGUAACGGGCACCAGAGCCGAUGAAGAGACAAUUGAUCAACUGAUAGAGACCGGGGAUAGUGAACAGAUUUUCCAGAAAGCAAUUAGGGAACAAGGGCGAGGCCAGAUAAUGGACACUCUAGCAGAAAUUCAAGAACGCCACGAUGCGGUUAGAGAUGUAGAGAGGAAGCUUCUUGAGUUGCAACAGAUAUUUUUGGAUAUGGCAGUUUUAGUGGAUGCACAAGGGGACAUGCUCGACAACAUAGAAUCACAUGUUUCAAGUGCAGUUGAUCAUGUUCAAUCUGGGAAUACUGCUCUCCAAAAGGCAAAGAAAUUACAAAGGAACUCUAGAAAAUGGAUGUGCAUCGCUAUUAUGAUCCUUCUUAUUAUUGUUGUAGUCGUUGUUGUGGGCGUGCUCAAGCCAUGGAGUACCAACAAGGGGGCAUAAACGCAUUUCGAUACCUGACGAAUCUACAAGUAUAAAAGAGAACACAAUGCUGUUUCAAUUAUAUAUUGUUGGUCUGUCUUUGUUUUAUGAAUCUUGUAUUUGUUUCCGUCUCUGUAUAAACUUUAGAAUGUAAAACACAAACACCCCCCCCCC